AUGGAGCAACAGGGUCUUUUACAGCGCGGGCAUAACGUAAAACUGGACAUGGCAGCACUUGCUGUCACCGAAGUUUUAUCCCGUAACGGGGUGAAGCACGGCUUCUUCGGCGGAUACGCAGUCUCAGUCUUUGGCGGAGAACGUCUCACUCAAGAUGUUGAUGUUAUCGUUGGCGAGGAUGCUCAAGCGGCUCGCCAGCAACUGCUGGCAGGGAAUGGAAACUUCUACAUGACAGCAACAAAGAAGCUGAAAUUCCGCCUGGAAGGUCAAGAUAUUGACAUCGAGGUCGAACUUCUACGGGGUGGAAAAGACCAGCCAAUGAAGCUGCCCGAUAUCAACUCUGCCCCGAUCAUCCUGCUGAACCCACACGAAGUUGGACACGACCGAGUUAAUCACCAAAUGCCCUUACUACAUCCCGGGGUGUUAGUCCUAACGAAAUUAAAACGCUGGAUGCAUAUCUCUAACUCUACCCGUCCGGCCAGUAUUGCAAGAGCCGUGAAUGAUAUGCAAGACAUCAAGACCAUCCUUGAAUGGCUCAUUCGACACGGGCUAAAGAUCAACUUCGAUAUGUAUCCCGAGAAGAAUAAGGAGGAGCUUCUUCCAGGGAUGAAAAGCCUUCUGGAAACGAGCGAUCCAGAUAUUGCUGGCCUGUUGAAGGAUGCCCUGUUUCCCGAUGACUUUGCCGCGAUUGCCUGA